AUGAUGUUCAGCAGCCUGCCCACCGAGCAGCACUCUCAUCAUCCACAUCAGCAUCCCCAUCAUCAUCAUCAUCAUCACCAUCAUCAGGAGCAGCAGCACAGCCAGGACAUGCAGUCACCGGUUAGCUCACCGGAGCUGAUCGAUCCCCGUUACGGCCACAUGCGCAUUCCGGCGUCCUCCUCCUCCAGUCGCAUCCUGUACGAUGUCCCGUGCAAGGUGUGCCGGGAUCACAGCUCCGGCAAACACUACGGCAUUUACGCGUGCGACGGUUGUGCCGGGUUUUUCAAGCGUUCGAUCCGCCGGAGCCGCCAGUACGUGUGCAAAUCGAAGGCGGACGGGCCGUGCGUGGUGGACAAAACGCACCGGAACCAGUGCCGGGCGUGCCGGCUGAAACGGUGCUUCGAGGUCGGCAUGAACAAGGAUGCGGUGCAGCACGAGCGGGGCCCCCGCAACUCGACACUGCGCAAACAGAUGGCCCUGUUCAUUGCGAAGGAUUCACCACUGCGCCACGAUAUGAUGAUGACACCGGGGGCGGCGGCGGCGGCGGCCGCAGCGGCCGCAGCGGCAGCCGCAGCGGCAGCCGCAGCGAUGUCAAUCCCAGCGCAUGCCGGCCACACGGCGCCAGCAUCAUCCGGUGCGGCCGGGCUGGAUCUUUCGAUCGCACGGAACCCGUUUCUCACGCCACCGCCCGCCCCUUAUCCGCCGCUCGGGAUGGCGCAACCGUUCCUGCCCGGUCACCACCAUCCCGGGCACCUCCAGCAUCAUCACCAUCACCACCCACUGGUAGCGGUUGAUGCGAUCCGUGAAUCCGCCGCCCAGCUCCUGUUUAUGAAUGUAAACUUCCUGAAAAGUCUCGCCCCGUUCGUGCAGCUCCCGAUGGCCGAUCAGCUGGUGCUGUUUGAGGAGUCGUGGCGUGAGCUGUUCAUACUUGCCGUCGCCCAGUACCUGGCGCCGGUCAACUUUGGUCAGCUGCUGAUCGCCUACGAGUACCUGCAUGCCGGUGCCGGGCAUCGGGCCGAGCUGGUGGGCACUGUGCCGACGGCCCCUGUGGCGCCAGCGACGCCAGCGACGCCAGCGACGCCAGCGACCCCAGCGCCAGCCACCGGAACACCCGGCCCGGCCCUUACCGAGUUCUUGCUCAAGGAGGUGGACAUUUUCCAGGAAAUACUGGCCCAACUGGCGGCCCUGCGGGUCGAUGCGAACGAGUACGUCUAUCUCCGUGCGAUCGCCCUCUACAAGACGGAGUUUGACGGGGAGACGAGCAUGUCGAGCGUUUCGAGCGAUGGUUCCGAUGUGACCAACUCGACCGGUGGCACCACGGGCAGCACCGGCAGUGUACGGUCGAUCGGGGAGCUCGGCACGGUCCGGACGCUCGAGGAGAGUGCCCGGGACGCACUGGCGGCGUACAUCCAGACGUGCCGGCCGGGCCCAUCGAACAGUCGGUACCGGGCGUUGACGCAGCUGCUGCCGCUCAUGCGCAACGUGUCGUCCUACACGAUCGAGGAGCUGUUCUUCCGGCGUAACAUUGGACCGGCACCACUGCUCAAGCUGUUGCUCGAUUUCUAUCGUCAAAAGUGA